GAAGAGAUGGGAGAGCGUGGUUUUAAUGGUGAGAAUGGCUGCAGACCUUUGCUCUGGCUUAAGAAAGAACUUCACGAACCUCAGGAGCUGAGACAGCAGAUCUCAUCUCUGAAGCAGAAGUUGAUGGUAAGGGAGUCUCACUGGUCACAGGCCCACAGUCUCCUCCAGAGCCGCGUUGAAGCGCUCACCCGAGAGAACCAGGAGCUUCACACCAGGCUCAAUCUGAACAAGAGAUCGUUCCAGAGUGCUGGCUCCUCAGCUCUUCAGGCUGGAUCAUACAACACUUUUGAGAAGAGAAGAGAGGAACCACAGAGGACUCAUAUAAGGAGCGCAACUCCUGCCUUUAACAAACCCUCCAUCCAUAGGACGCAACAGGACAAUGCAAAUAGACGUUCUGUUCCCAAAGCUAAUAAGCUAACAGAAUGCACAGACAACUCUUUGAUCCAAAAAGGAAAGGAUCCUGCACUUUCUAUUGACACUCCACUGAACAAUGCCAUGAUUACACAAGGCGGAAAGGGAAGUUUGUUUUAUCAUCAUACUGACUGCAAUGAUACUCAAAUGGCAUCGCAGGCCAAAAAAAACAACGUACGUGAGGAAACCUGCUAUCCGGAUGGAAGGGUAGAGCGUCUUUUUUGGAAUGGAUGUCGUGUGAUCACAUUCCGCAAUGGAACGAAGAAAGAGAUCGGUGUUGACAAGUCAGUCACUGUUACGUUCUUCAAUGGCGAUGUUAAACGCAUGCUGGCUGACGGGACAGUGAUUUACUACCAUUGUGAUGCUCAGACAACACACUCAACCUAUCCAUCUGGAUUGGAGGUUGUACAGUUUCCAAACAACCAGAGAGAAAAACAUCAUCCUGAUGGUACAAGGGAAAUAUCCUUCCCAGAUGGCACAGUUAAGAUUCUCCACUCUGAUGGUCGAGAUGAGAGCAUUUUUCCAGAUGGGACCGUUGUCAAGAUAUCACAACAUGGGGAAAAGGUGGUGGAGUUUGCUAAUGGGCAGAGAGAGAUUCAUACUUCACAGUACAAGCGAAGGAUGUACCCGGAUGGAACGGUUAAAACACUCUACACGAAUGGGAGGCAAGAAACAAAGUUCUCAUCUGGGAGAGUUCGCAUUAAGAACAAUGAAGGCAUCAUUAUAAUGGACAAAAAAUGAACUUCUAAAAACCAUUUUCAUGUUAUUUAUUUAUUGUUGUUUUUUUAUUGACAGAAUUUAUAGUAACUAUCGAUUAGCAUCUUUCCCUUACCACAUAUUGAAAAAAAUACUUUUUUUGGAGUUUCAGGUGCUGUUUUGCAUUUUAUUUAUGGUGAGUACUAUAGACAAAACUCUACUGAAGCCAUAAUCAGGAAGCAUUAAUGCAAUUUGUUGAAUAUUCUUUAUUAUGAUUUCAACUGGCUAAAAUCAUCUAAACCUUUUUUUUAACUAAAGAUAUCAAUAAACUUUAUGAUAAUCGGAUGAACUAAGCCAGUUUAUUUUUACAUGUACUGACAGCAGGCGUCUUGUAUUUCUAAGUUUCUCUCAGCAUGAACACAUUUGAUACAGCAUGCAGGUGUAGACUUGUUACCCUCUGAAC